AUGGCGAGCGCAAUUGGGAGAAUAAGAGCUUCUCAGCUCACCCGUCAAAUUAGGUACUUUAGCUCUAGCCCAGCUCGAUAUGGAGCUGAGGUGAAGAGCCUAGGCGUCAUAGGCGCGGGUCAAAUGGGCCUAGGUAUAGCUUUGGUCGCCGCUCAGAGAGCUGGUGUUCCCGUUACACUUGUGGACUCUUCAAAGGCUUCACUUGAUAAAGGAAUUGGGUUUGCAGAAAAAUUAUUAUCAAAGGAUGUUUCUAAGUCACGCAUCACACAAGAGCAAGCGGAUGAGGCAAGAUCUCGGCUCUUGCCUACCACAGCUAUUGAAGAGCUCUCAAAGGUUGAUUUUGUAAUUGAGGCCGUGCCGGAGAUUCCGCAGCUGAAAUUCGACAUAUUCGCCAAGCUUGCUGAAAUCUGCCCGAAGCACACUAUCCUAGCAACCAACACAUCGUCCAUCUCCAUCACGAAGAUCGCCGCAGCGACUACUAAGGACCCCACCGACACGUCAGCAAGUUCUCGCGUAGUAUCAACUCACUUUAUGAACCCCGUACCCAUCCAGAAGGGUGUCGAGAUCAUUAGCGGGUUACAGACAAGCGCCGAGACCCUCGAGACUGCUGUUGCCUUCUGUAAGGCCAUGGGGAAGAUACCCUCUGUGUCUGCGGAUUCCCCAGGAUUCUUAGCGAACCGUAUCCUGAUGCCGUAUAUCAACGAAGCGGUGAUAUGUCUAGAAACCGGCGUUGGUGACCGAGAUGCUAUUGAUGCCAUCAUGAAGAACGGCACGAAUGUACCGAUGGGACCGCUCCAACUAGCUGACUUUAUUGGACUUGAUACAUGCUUAGCUAUCAUGAAAGUCCUUCACCAGGAGACAGGAGACUCAAAAUACCGACCGAGUGUACUUCUCGCUAAGAUGGUAGAUGCUGGCUGGCUAGGGAAGAAGAGCGGUAAGGGCUUUUAUGACUAUUAA